AUGGGCAAGGAACCUCGCAAACGGCGGAGAACUAUCAUUGUCUGCAAUAUAUGUAAGGCCAGGAAAGUCAAGUGUGACAGAAACACCCCUUGUAAUUCGUGUGUGAAGCAUCGAACGGCUCAUCUCUGUUCAUAUACUGAUGAUACGCCAGUGGGAGAAAAGGUGGCAUUCAAGGAACUGCCGGCGCUGAUGGAAACGAAUAAGGAGCCGACGGUGUACUUGUCGCCGGUGAAAUCAGCCAAAGUGCUUUCUGGGUUUGUGGAUUACGCUUCGGUGGUUGGAGUGAAUCCAUUGAAUUCGCCCCAGGAGCGAAUCAGCUUCUUUUCGGAUUACUCGUCGAUGAGUUACGAUCCAGAGACUCAGGAGGAAAUGAACCACGGCCCGUUUUCGUGGCACUCGAUCGUCAGAGUGGACCCAGCGUUGGCUGAUGUGUGGAACUUCAUCUUGAACAUUAAGCCUACUAAAAGAGUCAAGGUGCCUAGUGUUUAUACAAAAAGUGUUUCCAGGGACCACGCUCCGAUUCAGGUUUUAGACAAGAUUAGACAACACUCCCAGCAGCGGUUUGACCCUGCUAACGCUAAGCUACGGCUGCAAAAUAUCCCUCUAGGGUUGACAUUUAAGGAUCCGUUUAGGAACAAGACCGAUGCCAGUCACGAGGAGCGUUUAUUGGCGAUUCUCCCGUCGAAAAAGGUACUCUGGACGCAUGUGGAUCGGUUUUUUCAGUACAUCUACCCAUUCCAUCCGUUCCUUGACGAACAGCACUUUAGGUCAAGUAUAGAACGUAUUCUUGGUCCUAAGGCGUACCUGGACGACUCGUUUCAGUCUGUGGAGAUUUCUGGACGUAUUGAUCUUACGUUUAUUGGUAUUCUUUGCUUGGUUCUUCGUAUGAGCUACCUUUCGCUUAUUUCUAAUGAAGUGCUGGAAAACACAGAUGUUCUGAAACGUGCCGACGGCGACAAGGACCAGCACUUGCUUCUGUGCCCUAUAGGUAUUGAGUUUGUUGAUUUUUCUCGUUUCUGUUUGAACCAGUACCAGGUUUCCAAUAGAGCUUCUUUGGGUGUUGUUCAGCUUGUGGUUUACAUGAGAAUUUAUAUGGAAUCGGCGCCUGAAGAUCCAGAUGGACCUGGUCGUGAUCUGCACCAGGUCAAUAACGGUGUGCUUUUGCAAUUGGCAUACUCCAUUGGGCUCAAUAGAGAGCCUGAUAAGAUGAUGGAUACGCUAAACAACCCUAGACUCAACAACGUGCGUCGUAAACUCUGGAUGUUUGUGACACACAAGGAUUAUACGAACCUGAUCAAGUUUGGCACGCCGUUCACGUCGCUGGCGUUGUUUAGCGAUACGAAGUUUCCGUUCUUGGACGCUACAAACUCUAAUGGUCCUUCUGACUCCAUAGUUGAAGAGUCUAUCCAGCCAAUUGAAGCGCUCAUGCCGAUCAUCAAAGACGUGCUUAAAACCAUUCUUUUCAUGAACGAAGAAACGGUGAUUUCAGAGUUCAUCACCCACUUGAACCAGCUUGAAUCGUAUUUCUACGAACACUACGGUACCAUGAGAGACUUCCACCAGGCUUUCUUUAAAACAGAUUCCCAGUCGUUGGUCCAGCUGUUGAAGCUCCAGUACUACGUUCCCAUCCAGAUAUUUAUUGUCUCGUGCUACUUCCGUCUUUUCCUUUGGUACGAGAGCCACAAAAACACCCACUUAUCGUUCUUCUAUCUUAAGAAAAUGUUGGUGAUUUUGGCCGAAGAGAACAUUCCAUUUAUCUCGACGAUGCUCGAGAAACCACACCCAUAUUAUCGGUACGCUUACCAGUUUGUCAUGAACCCACAUUUGGAGUAUUUCAUGCACAAGUCUGUGGGUUUCUUUUCUGCUGUUACUUCCCGUUUGGGCUACCAGAUUGUGGGUACUCCAAGAACAGAGUACUACAUUCCUCGUCUUAAGGUGCUCAUGCGUUCGCUUUCUCGUUGUUGUAAGGUUUGUCUUUUGGGAAUCCAUAAAAUCAACCACAGAUACUGCUACGCAUGGAGAAUCGGCACGACAUUUACAUAUAUUACUCGAGUGUUGGUCAGUGAAGGCUACUAUAAGCGUCAUUUCAACCGAAACUCUGAGCUUGUGGUGCCCAAGUUGCUUUUUUCAGACGACCAGAUCGUUGAUCUUGUGCGUGUUGCCCAAGCGCCAAUUUCCAACGUUGAUCUUUCGCUUUACGAAGUUUACUGGCGUACGGUUGCCGAUCUUAUCAAGCUUGGCCAGGACGAAGGAAAGGACGGACUCAGCACGUCUCUUUUUAAUCCACUUAACAGUGAAGUGGUGUUCGCUGGAGAGCCCGAAAACCUCCAAGGCGUCGGCAUUGGCGACGAUAAGUUCCUUCUGCCGCCAGACGAGAUGCCGCUAGAGAACUUCUUCCCACAAUUCGAUUUCCAGUCGAGUUUGACAGACGUUAUGGGCACUUUCUUUGAAGGCCCAGAGUCGUAUUUUGAUUCGUUCAGCAGUAUUCCACGGAACCAGGUCGUUGACGACUACGGUGCCGGUGGACGGUUUAAUUAA